AGAACGGAAAACAUGAGCAACACCGUUCCGGAGAAAGUAUUAGCCUAUGAAACCUUUCUAAACGAAACACUAAGAGAGGAUUUGAGAAAACUUUUGGAGGAACAAGAUAAACUUUAUGGACAGGUUGCAGAAUAUUUGCAGUUGAAGACAGUUAUAGAAAGAGUUCAGAGUACAGAUUAUACAAAAGAAGAGCUAAAGACAAAAGUUGAUAUUGGAUGCAACUUUUAUGUACAAGCAAAUGUACCAGAUGCUUCCAGAAUAUAUGUCUGUGUGGGUUUUGGAUUUUUUGUGGAAUUCAAGAUGGAAGAAGCUCUCAGGUUUAUUGAUAAAAAGACAGCCAGGCUAAAUGAUCAAUGUGAAAAGAUCAGCAAAGAUAUUGCCAAAGUGAAAGCUCACAUUAAACUUGUCCUUGAAGGACUCCGGGAGAUGCAAGGAAUCAGUACAGAAUCUGAAAAGCCAUUUCGGGAUAUCUUAAGCUAACCCAGAAAGCUCUGUCAUGAAACAGAAACUUGGGCUUCAUUUCAAUUGAAUAUUCCCACCAUGUUUCAGCAGAAAUGUCUGUAUUUCUGUAUCCAUACCAGAUGUCUCUGCAUGUAUAACCAUUAAGGAUGAUGACGACGACGAUGAUGAUGAUGAUGGUAGAUGUUAAAGGGCUAUUAGCCAUUUCAUAGAGAUCAGGAAAACGUUUAAUUGUCAGCAUAGAAAUAGUUAAAGGGACUAAAUGGUUAGAUAUUUAUUUCAUAACUGAUAAAAAGCAUUAUCACAUUUUAAUAUCUGUUAAAGAUUGUGUACUUUCUGGCAAUUAUAAUAUUUCAAAGUUUGCGUAACGGUUUUAUUAACAAUGCCUAAAAAUUGAAAUAAAAUAGAAGCAACUCAACACUUAUUCAUAUCAUUAUUGUUUGUAGAAUGUAAACAAUAUCUUUGCGCAUGCAAUUUUAGACUCAGAUUAAUUCAAAUUCAUUUAUUUCGCUCUGUCACACGUAUAGCAUGAAACAAGAGGCCAUUUUACAAAGUAAGAAUCAAAACAUGGAUGGCAGAUUAAGUUUUGGCUAAUUACAUAAUUAUAUAUAGUGAGAAAUCAUAUAAAAAUGGCAGGUUUAAAUGAGGUUCUGAAAGGUCAGGUGAUGACCUUGGCUAUCUCCGAUUAAAACAGUGAUGGGUAGUAGACACAGCAUCAAGUGUUGACUAGCAUUACUUUAAAUCUGAUAAUCUUGAUCAAUUUCUCACAGAGAACGUCAUAAUUUUGUGAAAGAGUCUAAUUUUAAGUAUUACGAUACUUGCUCGAAAUGAAAUGCAUGGAAAAAUAAUGAAAUUUCACCAUUUAGUUCCUUUAAGAGAAGCAGUGUUGACACAUUAGCAUCCAUUGAUAUUGUUUGAACAUUACCCUAACUGUAUCAAUACAAUUUGGUGGCAAUUGAUUUACCAAUGAAAGUGAUAGUUUUGUUACAAUGAAAAGUUGUACUAUUAUGUACUAGGAUCAAAGCAUGACACGACUGAGGAGACAAAACACGAAUCAGUUGUUAUAUUAAUUAGUGUACUGUUAUCUAUUCUUGUGUUGUUCUACGAUUAAAAUAUUAUUUUGUCAA